AUGUCCCAUGCAAUCCAUCACGCACCUAUCCAUCAACUCACUACCAUCCAUGCAUCAACCCCCGCACAUCCACUUCUCUCUGUUCUCAUCUCCUCUCCUCUUAAGCCCAUCGCCCCUCUCACUCGCACAUCCUUCUCUGCCUCUCCAUGUCCCCUCUCUGCACUCUCCUCCGCUCCAUCCACGUGCGUGCGCCAGAACUACGAGGAGCUAGCAGUGUUGCACAACCGCUUCGCUGCGCGCGGCUUCCAAGUGCUCGCCUUCCCCUGCAACCAGUUCGGCAACCAAGAGCCCAGGUCCAACAGUGACAUCCUGUCCUUUGCCCGCACGAACCACUCUGCACCGUUCCGCAUCUUCGCCAAGACGCUGGUGAACGCGCCACUGGAGUGCUCAGGCACGGAGGCUGCAUGCUCUGCCAGCACGACGAGGUGCUGCCCGUCCAACAGCCUGGUCUUUGACCUGCUCAAGCAGCACUUCCCAGGCGACAUCGAAUGGAACUUUGCCAAGUUUCUGGUGGGCAAGGAUGGCAUAACCAUCCGCCGCUAUGCACCCACGGUGAAUCCGCUAGACAUUGCACCGCACAUUGAAGCAGCUCUCGCUGCUCCCACUCCCCGCUCACACGCCCACAGCUGGUGGGGCUUUGGAGAUGGCAAGGACGAGGGGCAUGCAGAUGUGCUCUGA